GGGGGUGAGGGCAGGCGGCCUCCUUGCGCGGGCACGCCGACCUAGCUGCGCUGCUGCUGCCGCUGCUGCUGUCGCUUCGGGCCGCCCGAGGGCCUGGUUUGUGAGGGUGCGCCGGGCCAGGUGGCGUCCGCCCAGCUUCAGCCUCACCUGUCACCAUGAAGCUGCCGCACCCAGCCCUCCCCAGCUGCCUCCUGCUGGCUCUGCUCGGCGUGUGGACAGCCGCUCCUGAGGUUCACGCUGUGUCCGUGGGGACACCCGCCAUCAGCGCAGCCUCUUUCUUGCAGAACCUCAUGCAUCGCUACGGGGAGGGCGACAGCCUCACCCUGCAGCAGCUGAAGGCCCUGCUCAACCACCUGGAUGUGGGAGUGGGCCGGGACAACGUCUCCCAGUCCGUGCAGGGACCGAGGAACCUCUCGACGUGCUUCAGUUCUGGAGACCUCUUUGCUGCCCACAACCUCAGCGACCAGUUGCGGAUUGGGGGGCGUGAGUUCCAGGAGUUCUGCCCCACCAUCCUCCAGCAGCUGGAUUCCCGGGCCUGCUCCUCCGAGAACCAGGAGAACGAGGAGAACGAGCAGACGGAAGAGGGGAGGCCCAGCUCAGUUGAAGUCUGGGGGUACGGUCUCCUCUGUGUGACCGUCAUCUCCCUCUGCUCCCUGAUGGGGGCCAGCGUGGUGCCCUUCAUGAAGAAGACUUUUUACAAGAGGCUGCUGCUCUACUUCAUAGCUCUGGCGAUUGGAACCCUCUACUCCAACGCCCUCUUCCAGCUCAUCCCCGAGGCUUUUGGUUUCAACCCUCUGGAAGAUUAUUAUGUCUCCAAGUCUGCAGUGGUGUUUGGGGGCUUUUAUCUCUUCUUUUUCACAGAGAAGAUCUUGAAGAUGCUUCUUAGGCAGAAAAAUGAGCAUCAUCACGGACACAGUCAUUAUGCCUCUGAGACGCUCCCUUCCCAGAAGGACCAGGAGGAGGGGGUGACGGAGAAGCUGCAGAACGGGGAUCUGGACCACAUGAUUCCUCAGCACUGCAGUGGCGAGCUGGACGGGAAGGCCCCUGUGAUGGACGAGAAGGUCAUCGUGGGCUCCCUCUCUGUCCAGGACCUGCAGGCUUCCCAGAGCGCCUGCUACUGGCUGAAAGGUGUCCGCUACUCUGACAUCGGCACACUGGCCUGGAUGAUCACCCUGAGCGACGGCCUCCAUAAUUUCAUCGAUGGCCUGGCUAUUGGUGCCUCCUUCACCGUGUCUGUCUUCCAAGGCAUCAGCACCUCGGUGGCCAUCCUCUGCGAGGAGUUCCCACACGAGCUAGGAGACUUUGUCAUCCUGCUCAAUGCCGGCAUGAGUAUCCAGCAGGCUCUCUUCUUCAACUUCCUCUCUGCCUGCUGCUGUUACGUGGGCCUGGCCUUCGGCAUCUUAGCUGGCAGCCACUUCUCUGCCAACUGGAUCUUUGCCCUGGCUGGAGGAAUGUUCUUGUAUAUUUCUUUGGCUGAUAUGUUCCCUGAGAUGAACGAGGUCUGCCAAGAGGAUGAAAGGAAGGGCAGUGUCUUGAUCCCCUUUGCCAUCCAGAACCUGGGCCUCUUGACUGGUUUCAGCAUCAUGCUGGUCCUCACUAUGUAUUCGGGACAGAUCCAGAUCGGGUAGGGCCUUGCCAGGAGCCGGCGGGAUUGGCAGUCUGGCCCUUGGCUGCCGAUCCCUGGCCCGAGGACUCCUCAUCCAGGAAGCACCUCGGAAGAGGCAGUUCUAUUAAAAACUGUGACAUGGAGACUGUAUUCCUGCAUUCAAAUGUUAGCUGUUUUUAAAAUGCUGUAUCCUAGGAAUAAGCUGCCCUGGUAACCAGCCUCUAGGUAGUGCCUCUCUCCCUUUCCUCUUCUUUCUCAGAGUGAUUCUGGAACUGAAUGCAGCUUAAAAGACAAGACUAACUUUUUUCUCUGGUUACCCUGGCCUCUUUCUCUUCCAACCAGCACUGAGACAUUUUGAAUCCUUUGCCCGACAAUGCAAAAAAGAUAGCCAGGGCUCACAACUUGGUUAGAAAUAUCAGGAGGUGAAUCUAUAGUUUGGGGCCCAUAAAUCUAAAUGUGUUUCCUCGGCCUCAAGGUGACCCAUUUUUAAGCGAAUCCGCCUAUUUUUACAGAAAAGGUAUAGAAGACAGGAAUCCCUCUUAUUUUUUCAAAAUCUGUUCAGUUGCCUAUUCUUUCAAAGAGAACUGAAAGCUGGAAACAGAUGAGUAGGGCGGGAGGGAGAGGCAAGGAUCACCCUGAGAUGGGGGUGUGUGUCUUGUCAGGAUGGUUACCUGUUCCCACUGGGAUGCUUGGCACCGGUUCUGCACCUGGUGUUUCAUGGCCGUCCAGGUGAGCCAGCAGGUAGGUUCUGUUGCCUGAACCUCCCCUCCUUUUGGAUGAACACUGGCAGACUGGAGGGCAGAGAAGAGAGACCUGUGAGACAUCCGUUGGCUUUGCUGUGAUUUCUACCCCCCUUUCCCCACCCCCAUCUCCUGGGAGACUCCCUGGAAGCACAUUCUAAGCACAUUGACGAUGCCCGUGUCAGAGGGCAGACUGCACAGAUUUACCUCCCUGGUCAACAGUUGUGCUGACAGGUGGCAAGCUGACUUACAGAACUGGAGUGCAGCCUGUGGUCUUCUUGACAAGGGUAAUCAGAAACGGAAUCAGUGCAGGCAACAUUUAGGGUUUACUAAUUCCAUAAGUAACAGUGAUAGAACUCUGAGAUGGAAGGUCCAGAGCUUGGAUGGGGGCAUCCCUGGGGUUUGCAGAAUAGAGGACCCAUGGGUUCUGCUGCACCGUCUGGGGUUCCCCCUUCCUCCCUCACCCCAAGCAAGCAAGGGCGAAUCCUGUAUCGAAUUGAAUAGGAAUUGUUCUAACUCUCUUCAGAAAAACGGAUCGAUAGACUUGGGUGUGAGACCGUAGGCCAGCCGCCGGCCCCGUGGAGCCCUCUCCUCAGAGCUCUGGCUUGGAGGGGAGCUCAUCUCCAGGUUCACUAGGUGAAUUGCUUUAUUAUUAUCAUAUUGAUAAUGUGAGAUUCUUUAGCCACUCUGGGGAGCCGACCUCUCCAGAAGCCUUCCUCAGUGGUGCCCACAGUCGCAGCCCAGGGGCUGUGUUCACAAACUGACUUGUGCACGUGGCUGACGAGUCCUGGUCCGUCGCCACCACCCGUUAGUUUUUCCGUUCUGACAGGAAAACUUUCCACUCUAUGGUAGUUAAAAGCAGCAUCUACUCUGGCUUUUUUCCCCGCCCCCGCCCCCCAGCCCCUUGGGAAACAUCCGUCAAACCAGGACUAUUCUUGAAAAGAACAUGAGCGGGAAAACCGCUGGUGAUGCUUUAUAAGUUUUUCUCAUCUUGCCUAUUGACUUUGAUAGAUUUGAGAAUGGGCAGAAGAAGAAGGAAAACUCAGUUCUCACGAUUCUAGAUGAACUAUCAGGACAGACUCCUGGUAGGAUUAUGGUCCAGUUUUUACCAAAGAACCAAUUCCUUGAAUGUUGGAAUCUAAUUUUUUAUAUUGUCAUUGUUACUGUUUUAAAACAAUUCUUUGUCUUUUCUGUUUGAUUUCCCUCAAACUGCUUGCAGGAGCUAGCAGGAAAUAACACUCAAACCUUAGGACUUCAGAAGAUUUUGCUUCCCUUAAUUCACAUGGAUGUAUUAAAUUUAUAAUUUUAGCAUUCCCUAUAGAUCUGUCAUUCCUUACAAAUACUGUUAUUCUUGGAGUAGAAUCCUAAGUAAGAGUUAGUGGGUUUCUAGUUUUAGGAGAAGAGCUCAAAAAUGUAACCUUGAGCAAAUUAAAAAAUAAAAUACGAAGUAGCAGGGUGCCUUCCCUUCUCUUGCACACCUAUAUUAAGAACUAACUUUCCUUUCACAGACAGCUGCCUCAAAGGGAAAUUCUCUUCAAACUAAUUGGUCCAGAGGCCAGUCCUAGUUUGAGCUUAGGGGUGGAGACACUGAAAUCGUGCAACUGAUUAUGUGUUGCCAUUGGCAACAGGUUUUCCUCAAUUGAAAAUGUGGCCAUUUCUUUUUGAAGUGUUGGAUUUGCUGUUUUAAGCAUUUGUACAUAUUAGAAGUCUGAGGAGUAGCGAGUUCUGAGGACCUUUUUCACCUCUGGCAUUAGCAUCUUCACCCUCCCUUUUCCCUGCGCGGACCGGCUCCCAUUAAGGAUAACAAGGAAAGUAUGUGUCACGUGCAGGAGCAGUGACCCAGGAGCAGGGGUUCUGCUGCUUCUCACCCUCACCCUGGCUUGCAGGUUGCCUUCUGUCCUUGCCCCAAAGGUUUUUUGUGUCUAGUGUCAACUUAGGUCUUUCCUUCAUUGGUCCUUCACCCUGGGUUUUAAAAAGAAGGCUUCUCUGUUCGGGUAUCCUAAGACCUGUUUUUAGUAAGUCCUCUUCCACAUGGUAAUGUGGAGAUGGUAAUACGUUGGAAAUCUGCUUAAAAAACGAAAAGUUGUCUGAUUUUUGCAAAAGAGAGAGGUUAGAUUUUUAUUACUCAUAUUUCCUUUUACAGUUCUGCAAUUCCAUCACAGUAUUUUUUUAAAUAACUCAGGUGUUAUGAGGAUAAAUUAGAAAAAAAAUAACUUAAGUUAU